UCGCGCAGCGUUUCACUGUCUGGAAAAGGAGACGAAGAAGAACGCUCUGCGAAUCAUCAUCACCACCAUCAUUAUUAUUACUGUUGUUAUUAUUAUUAUUUCAGAUCAUUCCUUUGAUUAAAUUUGAUCCACGCGUUCAGAGGAUAAAGAUGACCGAGGUGGAGUUGUCCUGCUUGGCGUGUGUCAAGAUGUUCCUGCACGCGAGUGUGUAUCCGCGCUGCAGCGUGAACGGCCUGCUGUUGGCCCCUGCCGGAGGAAGAGGAGUGUGUGAGGAAGGUGUGUGUGUAACGGAUUGUGUUCCUCUUCUGCACUCGCAUCUUCCACUGGCCAUGAGCGCCCAACUCGCCCUCACACAGGUGGACGUGUGGUGUUCUCAGACGCAGCAGAGGAUCGUGGGGUAUUACCAGGCAAACGCUAAUCUGUCUGACAACAGUCCGACUGCAUGUGCUUUCAAAAUGGCUGACAAAAUCCUAGAGAACAGCAACAAUGCGGUGUUACUGAUGAUUGAUGGAAAAAAAAUGUCACCUGGAUAUCGUGUUCCUCCAAUAGUGAUGUACGAACAUAAAGACUCGUGUUGGACCUUAAAAGACAAACACACAAUAAUGCUCCACCAGUGGGAAGAAACUCGAGCAAUCACCUCUCAGUUACUAAACUCGAAAGACCACAUGCUGUUGGUUGAUUUCGACAGCCAUCUGGAUGACAUCACAAAGGACUGGACCAAUCAGAAACUCAACGCUAAGAUCACGGAGCUCAUCUGUCCAGCUAACGGCAACAUGUGAACAUUAACGUUAUCACCACCUGAAAAGCGUGCGAAGAAAACAGCGAAUUCUUUGGAAUCAAAAUUCUAGAACUUUUUAUUAUUUAUUUUUAUUUCAUUAUAUAUUUUUUGUAUUUAUUAAUAAUGAAUACUUCAUUCAUGUUCUGCCUGUAUACAUCAGAGUAUAAUAAUGCGAAUAAAAAAAAAGGAUUUUAUAUUAAAGUUAAUUUAUAUAUUAAUUUAUAUGAAUUAAUUUGUAUUGAUUUGUUCAUGUAAUAAUGACUUACAUUGAAUUAUGAGUUUAUAUUUAUUGAUUGUUGGGGAUGGCAACAGUUCUGAGUGUAUUCAUGAAGUGUAUUUUCUCAGGACACAAAAUGUCAUUAAUUUUCUUUAUUUGGUAAAAAAUAAUAAUAAAAAAAUUAUUAAAACAA